AUGAUAACAAACUUAUUUUCCGUAUUUGACCCUUCAACAACUAUCUUAAAUUUGUCCUUAAAUUGACUAAGAACUUUUUUAGGUCUAUUAAUUAUUCCUUCAACUUACUGAUUAAUACCUAAUCGAUUCCAAAUUAUUUGAAAUAACAUUUUAUUAACACUUCACAAGGAAUUUAAAACUCUUUUAGGUCCUAAUGGACAUAAUGGAAGAACAUUAAUAUUUGUUUCUUUAUUUAGAUUAAUUAUAUUUAAUAAUUUUUUAGGAUUAUUCCCGUAUAUUUUUACGAGUACUAGUCAUUUAACUUUAACUUUAACUUUAGCUUUCCCAUUAUGAUUAAGAUUCAUGCUUUAUGGAUGAAUUUGUCACACACAACAUAUAUUUGCUCAUUUAGUUCCUCAAGGAACUCCUCCUGUUUUAAUACCUUUUAUAGUAUGCAUUGAAACUAUUAGUAAUGUAAUCCGACCAGGAACUUUAGCAGUACGAUUGACUGCUAAUAUAAUUGCAGGACAUUUACUAAUAACUUUAUUAGGAAAUACCGGCCCUAUAUCAACAUCUUAUAUCAUUCUUUCAUUAAUUUUAAUUACUCAAAUUGCUCUUUUAGUUCUUGAAUCUGCUGUUGCUAUUAUUCAAUCUUAUGUUUUUGCAGUAUUAAGAACUCUUUAUUCUAGUGAAGUAAAUUAA